AUGGCUUCCGUGUCCCUCUCUUCUCUGUGCCUGACGCAGAACCCUAUUUCUCUCAGUUUUAGCUCCAUAGCUUCCGAUCAUUUGAGGUUUGGUUCACCUACUGUUGAAUUCGGCUCCGUCAAGAAGUAUCGGAGAGAUAGAGCUGUCGUCUGCAGAGCUUCCUCGGUUGUCUUUCGCAACCUCGACGCCGAUGACUUUCGGCACCCUCUCGACAAACAGAACACGCUGAUUUUGAGGGCGAUUCCAGGAUUGAAUGAGCUUGGAAAGAUUCUUCUAGGAUCCGUUGCAGAGCAAGUCAUGCUUCUUGAGAAUAUUGGAACAUCCCUUCUUGUUUCUAAAGAUCAGCUUUCUGGUCUACAUCGAUUGAUGGUUGAGGCCGCGGAAAUCCUCAAUAUUGAUGCUCCUGAUCUAUAUGUUCGUCAAAGUCCUGUACCAAAUGCAUAUACUUUAGCAAUAAGUGGUAAAAAGCCAUUUGUUGUUGUUCAUACUAGCCUUGUGGAGCUUUUGACUCGAGAAGAGUUACAGGCUGUUUUGGCUCAUGAGUUGGGUCAUCUCAAAUGCGACCAUGGUGUAUGGCUGACAUUUGCAAAUAUUCUUACCCUUGGAGCUUAUACCAUACCUGGGCUUGGUGGGAUGAUUGCUCAGAGUUUAGAAGAACAGUUAUUUCGUUGGCUUCGAGCAGCAGAGCUAACUUGUGAUCGUGCAGCCCUUCUUGUUGCACAAGACCCAAAGGUGGUCAUCUCUGUUCUAAUGAAAUUAGCUGGGGGCUGCCCUUCUCUGGCUGAUCAACUAAAUGUGGAUGCAUUUUUGGAACAAGCUCGCUCCUAUGACAAAGCUUCUUCAAGCCCAGUAGGGUGGUAUAUAAGAAAUGCUCAAACGAGACAACUUUCACAUCCUCUGCCCGUUCUACGUGCUCGUGAAAUUGAUGAAUGGUCAAGAAGUCAAGACUACACAACUCUUCUGAAACAUGCAACACAGAUCACUGGUGCCAAGAAAGUUUUAACAACACCAGGAAGAUAG